GCAACCAAUAUUACGUGGCAUGAUGCGAUUGUCACGGCAGAAGACAGAGAAAAAUUGCUGAAUCAGAAAGGCUGUGUGAUUUGGUUCACAGGUCUCUCCGGUUCAGGUAAAUCGACGUUAGCAACCGCAGUUGAACAGGUACUACAUCAACAACAGCACCAUACCUACGUCUUGGACGGCGAUAACGUUCGCCAUGGACUGAACAAGAACCUGGGUUUCUCGCCUGAGGACCGCGAGAAAACAUCCGGCGCAUCGGUGAAGUGGCGAAACUUUUUGCAGAUGCCGGCACCAUCGUUAUGA